AUGGACGCAUCAUCUUCAUCAGAUAUUGAAUCCGUCUUAUCAGAAGCUCCAGCAAUGACAAGCGCACCGAGCUCGCCACCUGCCGUGGCUUCCCCCAAAUCUGAUGUUCUGGGCCAGAUUACCGAGAACAGCCUCUUGAAAGAGGAGCGGGAAGCUCGGGAUGAGAACAGAAAAGCUGAGGAAGACAAAUCAAAGGUGGCAGGCCGGAAACCACGGAAGAAGAAGAAGAAAGCCGAGACCAAGGCUGAGCGUGAGGCCAAGGCUCGAGAAUUGGACGAGUUAUUGAUGAAAAGCGCGGCUUUCAGUGACAUCCUCACCAAGAAAACCCAGGUUCUCGGCCGAGUUGGCAGCAGUCUUGAUGGCAAGGCGCUUGGAGAACAUAAUCUGCAAAUGGCAGAGCAGCCCAAGUGCAUGAUAGGAGGAACAAUGCGCGAUUACCAAUUGGAAGGUUUAACAUGGAUGUUUGAGAUUUGUUCUCAGGGAAUGAGCGGGAUUCUCGCCGAUGAAAUGGGAUUAGGUAAAACUGUCCAAACCAUUGCUUUGAUCGCCUUGCUUCGCGAGCAGGAAAACUAUCUCGGACCACAUCUCAUUGUUGCGCCCCUGAGCACCCUCUCGAACUGGAUGGACGAAUUCCACAAGUGGACGCCCAGCAUCCCUGUCAUUAUGUAUCAUGGGAACCAAUCUCAACGUGAAGAGAUCUUCCGAACCAAAAUGCUUAACAAUCUGAAGGGCGGCAGACCCACGACACGAUUUCCAGUUGUUUGCACGUCAUAUGAAAUGGUUCUGCGAGACCAACACAAUCUGUCCCGAAUUCAGUGGGAAUUCAUUAUCAUCGAUGAAGGGCAUCGCAUGAAGAAUGCAGAUGCGAAGCUGUUCCAGCAAUUACGGCAAUUCUCAUCAGCGACAAGACUGCUCAUCACCGGCACACCCCUGCAGAACAAUUUGAAAGAGUUGUGGUCCUUGUUGCAUUUCCUUCUCCCCAACAUCUUUACUGAUUGGGAGGCAUUCGAGUCAUGGUUCGACUUCUCAGAUUUGGAGGAUGAGAAAGGUACCGAAGAAUUCAUUGCCGAUCAGAUGAAACAAGACCUGGUUAAGAAGAUGCACCUCAUCUUGCAGCCUUUGCUAUUACGAAGAAUCAAGCAAGAUGUCGCUGCGUACUUACCAAAAAAGCGAGAAUACGUCUUGUUUGCACCCAUGACAAAAGAACAAACAGAUCUCUACAACGUCUUCACCAACAAGGAAAUCGACACCAGGCAAUAUCUUGAACAGAAGGUCACGGAGAAGGUCAACAGCGCAAUAGCAUCCGCUAGUUCCACCCGCGCAUCAUCACGAUCUAGUAAUCGUGCUGCGGUUUCCAAGAAACCAACAGGAUCUGCUGGAGGCGCCAUUUCCCUCCCAGUGCGACAGAGUCCUCGUGGGAAGAAAACGGAGAACAAGUCAGCCGCUCUGGUACCAAAUGCAUUUAGCAUGAUGAUGGGGAAACGCGCCGCAAGCCGGCCCAAAAAGCAGGAUGCCCAAAACAAUACAGUAACCCCCGCGAAGCAGGCCACGAAGAGAAAGAGCCCGCCAACAUCCGUAAAGUCAGAAUCCAAGAGCGCCAGGUCAAGCCGCACUUCUACCCCAGCCAGCACCCGUGGUAGACCUCGAAAAGGGAAGACAUAUGCAGAGGCGGACUCUGAUGAGGAAGACGCCCUUUCUGAUGACGCUUUCGAAGCCAAGCUUGCAGAUGAAGUGGUUAGCGAGGACGACUCCGAGGAAGUCGACGAGCUCCAGUCACCAGAGGAAAUAGAACGAGCACAAACACUAGAUCUCGCCAAGAAACAACUAGCACAAAAGAAACUAGGCAAUCCCCUCGCCCAGUUGAGACUGGUGUGCAACAGCCCUCACAACUUCUACAACCCCUGGAACACAUCAACCGACAUCCCCGUCGACGAAUCCAUCAUCACCUCCUCUGGAAAGAUGCUCCUCCUCGACCGUCUCCUACAAGCCCUAUUCCAAAAGGGACACAAAGUCCUCCUCUUCUCCCAAUUCAAGACCCAACUCGACAUACUCGAAGACUACAGCCGCGAGCUCCGUGGCUGGAACGUCUGUCGCAUCGACGGAUCCGUGCCCCAAGACAGUCGCCGCCAACAAAUCCACGACUUCAACAACGACCCCGAAUACAACCUCUUCCUGCUAUCAACCCGCGCAGGCGGCCAAGGCAUCAACCUCGCGUCCGCAGACACUGUCAUCCUAUUCGACAGCGACUUCAACCCGCAGCAAGAUUUACAAGCCCAAGACCGAUGCCACCGGAUCGGACAGACACGCCCCGUCAUCGUCUACCGCCUCGCUACGAAGGACACCGUCGAAGAAUCCCUCCUCAUGUCCGCAGACGCCAAGCGGCGGUUGGAGAAACUCGUCAUCAAAAAGGGCGGGUUCAAGACCAUGGGGCAAAAGAUGGAGAAUAAGGAACAGCUUGACGCUGAGACGCUGCGUGCUCUGCUCUUGAAAGACGGACAGGUAUAUGAGACGUCAGGCGGGGAUGAUAUUCUGAGCGAGGAGGACCUUGAUGCGCUGUGUGAUCGGUCUGAUGGCGCGUAUGAUAGAGCCGCGAGUGGCUUAGGCGACGCGGAUAGGUAUCGUGUUGUUGAGACGGGUGCGGAUUCUAUCAAACUUGCGAGGAGGGAUUGA